AUGGCUCUCAUCCAGACCUCACUCAUCUGGGUCGCAUACGCGGUCGCGCUUGCCAUCCUGCUGGUCGUCGCUUCCAUCUUCGUCUACCUCUACCAGGCUCCUCGCGAUCGUUCUGCCGUUGUCUCAAUCGUCUGCAUCAUCACCGUGCUCUCGCUCCUGGCUACCGUCCUGCUGCUGCCUGUUGAUGUAGCCCUGGUCUCGUCGACUACAUCGUCCAAGCUCGGCAGAAAGAAAGACUGGGCUACUCCAGAUGCCGUCGAUAACAUCCUGUUCCAGCUCAAGAUCGUCUACUACGCUCUGUACAGUCUGGACGCCAUCUUGUGCUUGAUCGUUGUUCCCUUCACCUACUUCUGGUACGAGGAGCGCGAUGAAGUCGCCGCUGAAGAGGGUUCCCAGACUGCUGCUAGCCGUCUCUGGGGUGCCUUCAAGUACACCAUUGCCUUCAUUCUGUUCGUCGUCAUCAUCUUCCUGGUAGGCUUCUUUGUACCCGUCGCCAAGAACAGACCCCAGAAGCAUCUUGACCUCGACUUCUUCAAGGACCUCUUGGCCGAGAAUCACGGCGAGCGUGCCUUGACCUUCUGCGUCGGCCUGCUCUUGACUCUCGGAACGCUUCUGUACUGCUUGUACACGGCCCCCGGCCUGGCCCUUCUGCCUCUCACUUUGAUCAAGACAGCUCCUCGCAUCUCUGCACCAAAUCUGGCUGCCAAUACAUCUUCUCAACUGACCCAGAACCGCGAACGCCAGAGACAGCUCGAGAACCGCGAUGAAGGCCGUGACAACGGACUCGACACGCGUGACCGUCGUGAGCUUGAAGCUCUCAUCCGCGAAGAACGUACCCUCGUUCGUCGCGAGCGUCUCGCCGCCGAAGACAUGGGCGAGGGCCAAAACUGGUUCAUCCGCGUCUGGCUCAAGACAGAAGCCGUCUUCAGACCCUUGAAGCUUCUCGGUGGUCUUUUGCUUAUUCUCAUCGUUCUCUUCGUAUGGGGAAGCAUGCUAGUCACUGGUGUCGACAAGAUCAAAAACUCAGUGUGCAAGACUGGUUGCGGUUAUUUGCUUGGUCACAACAAGAUCUUCCAGCCCAUCAACUGGCUGUUUGUUGUCACCUCAAAGGUCUUCCCUAUCGAUUACGUCAUCUUCCUCCUUUUGACCCUGCUCUUCUUCGCUGGCUCUGUCGUCGGUGUCGCUACUAUCGGCAUUCGCUUCCUCUGGGUUACCUUGUUCCGCAUCCGCAAGGGCCACACUGCACCCCAGGCCCUUCUCAUGGGAACAGUCCUGCUUACUUUGAUCGUGUUCGCCAUCAACUACGCCAUGGCCAUGAUGGUCGCCCCUCAGUACGCCACUUUUGGCCCCCAGACCUACUGCGACAGACCUACUCAUCAUCCUGACCAACAGCCCGACUGCAGCAACCACCACAAUGCCAUUCGUUCUUGCCGCGAGGCUGCUGAUAACCCCGUCGCUCGCUUGGUCUGCACGCCUACUGUUGUCAGCUCCUUCCUUAACCGCAUCACUAUCAACUUCCCCUUCUUCGGCAUCAUCGCCUUUUGGGCUCAAUUCGCUUUCCUCGGCGUCUUCUUCAUUGUGUUCGUUGUCAUGCUGUUCCGCACUCCUCGGCUCGAUGAGGAGCAGCUCGACGAUGACCUUGCUGAAGAAGAAGAGGAAGGCCUCUUGGCCAGUACAGGUCGACGCUUCGGUGCUACAUGGUCCGACAUCACUGGCCGUGCUGCAGGUGUGAAGCGCGCUGGUGCUGACUACGGCACUCGAGGAGGGUCUUCUGACGAGUGA